UGGUUAAGACAUUUUUCGAAAUAUCUAUUUUCCUUUCUUAUAUAUUUCCCUUUUGUCUGUACCAAUUUCAACACAUUCACAGUACCAAUUACUCUCUACUGUUGCGUCCAUGGCUGAUUUGUCCCCAAGAACCGUGCUUGUAACCGGAUCUGGUGGCUGCACAGGUGCUGGCUUUCUUUUUUCAAAUCUGUUUUGUUAGUAUUUUAAUUGAGUUUCAGUGAUUUGACUGCAUGGUUAUCUGUAUUUCGGAUUGUUGAGAACUUUGUCAUAGACUGUUGAUACAGGAGCAAGUUUGGGGUUUAUACACAAGAUUUUUCAUAUUAUAUGAUUAAAAAUUAAUUUUAAAUUUAAAUGAACAAUAAUGAACUUUAAAGACAUAUAGUAAUUGUAAGAGAGAUCAGCUAAUAUUUAGUAAAUUAAAAAUUUCACCAGCUGCACAAAUGAUUGGUUUGCAAAUGCUUUUAACUACAUGUUUUAAUGAUUUUAUUUGCAAUGUGUAAGAGGGUUGUAGAGUUUUCUUCAUCUGAUAUCAUUUUGAAAUAUGGAAUACGAUUUGGGUCUGCUUGUAGAAUAUUAAAUAUGUGGAUAUAGUAACCUAAACACUUAUAAAAUUUGUAUAGUUGUCCUUGUUUCAGAAGUUAAGGGUGUUAGUUAGCGCUGACUAAAUACUAAAGAACAGAUUCAUCAAAUCCUGGUUUUUUCUAGUCUCACUUUCAGACAACAGAUUCAUCAGUUGUCGACCUUGAUUUCAUCAGUAUGUUACCCGAGUCCUUGUUAGAACAGAAGAAAGUAAACAGAAAAUUGGCGGUGCAAAUGAUGUUUUUGUUGGGGAUAUCAUAGAUGCUGAAAGUAUUACUCCUGCAUUUCAAGGUAUAGAUGCUCUCAUAAUCCUCACAAGUGCAGUUCCACAAAUGAAGCCCGGGUUUGAUCCAACAAAAGGUGGAAGACCUGAGUUCUAUUUUGAUGAUGGUGCAUUUCCUGAACAGGUUGACUGGAUUGGCCAGAAGAAUCAAACAGAUGCUGCUAAGGCUGCAGGAGUGAAGCAUGUUGUGUUGGUUGGGUCUAUGGGUGGAACAAACACUAAUUAUCCUCUGAACAGCUUGGGAAAUGGGAAUAUAUUGAUUUGGAAGAGAAAGGCUGAACAGUAUCUUGCUGAUUCUGGUCUUCCAUAAAAAAUCAUAAGGCUCGGUGGUUUGCUAGAUAAAGAAGGAGGGAUUAGGGAACUCAUUGUGGGAAAAGAUGACGAGCUUCUUCAGACUGAAACCAAAACCAUUUCUCGAGCUGAUGUUGCCGAAGUCUGCAUUCAGCAUUCAAAGAGAUGACUUGUGCAAGGGGCAAUAUUCCUGAAGCUCUCAUUGCCUUCAUUGUGGACCGAUAUCUAUGUCACAACCAAUUCUCUCAAACGCGGGCCACUUUUCGCAAUGAAGCUUCGACACUCUUUGUCGAUUCACCCGCAAACGAGAAUUUGCUGAGUUUGGAAGGGAUUGUGGACCAGUAUAUAUUUAUGAAAAACCAGAACAUACUGCUAAAUAAACAAAAUGCCAUGUUAAAGCAAGAGAAACACAACAUACAAAUGUUGUUGCAAAACCUGCAGAGUGUUUUGGACAGUUUUCAUGCAAGAUCGUCACCCUUGUGCAAUACCCAAGCCAUAAUACAAAAUUCUGCAGUUCUGCUCCCAAUGCAAAAUAAUAGAAAUCUUACCGCAAUUCCAAUGCAAAAUUCUAAUUCAAAUAUUCCAGUAGUGUCUACUAGCACCGAUUUUCUUAUGCAAAACACAAUGUUGGGGACACCUACAAUCAUGGACAAUAUAAACUUGUCAUUGCCUAUGAUCCAAAUGUUUCAUCAAAAGAGAAAAGAUAUUCCAACAAUAGAUGGUUGUAAAGUUUCAAAGAAACCACGUGGUAGACCUAGGAAAAAUCAAGUUCAAGGUAUAAACACAUUGCUACCAUCUCCUAGUAACAAAUUAGAUUCUGGAUCCUCUUCAGGAACAACUCAGUCAUUGGUAGAGAAUUAUGCUCUCAGCAGAUCACAAACUGAUUCAGUUUCUGGAAGACUCUCCAAUUCAAAUCAAUGUCAUACAGACUUGCCCCUACCUUCUCAUAUAUCCCAGCCCACUGAGAUUUCUCCUGCAGCAAGUACUGUGGAGACCAUUGUUCCUUGUUAUAAUGUAAUUUCAACCAAUAGAGGUAUGGUUCAAUCUGUACAACAAACGGUUUGCAAAGAAGACGAUCAUGUUAUUUCUCCCAUUGAGCCAUAUACUGAUCAAACGAAUAAGGCGGAUGCCAACCAAACAAUUACAGGAACAUUGGACAAGCCAUUUCUGAAUGAGAUAUCUGACGAUGACAGAGACAUUUGGGCAUAUCUUGAUUUUUCAAACACAGGAUUGGAUGAUUGGUCGGAAAUUGAUUUUUCAAAUAUUGAAGGAGACAACUCAUCCACUAAAUGUUCAGAGAUAUAGAAAUUAUGAAUCAAAAUGUCCGUGAAUCAAAAUAUUUUUCACCAACCAAUAUUUUAAUUUGAAAUAUCUUUGUAAUUUAGGAUUUCUAUCUCACAUUCUUUUGACAGAGUGGAGUUACAGUUGCUGUUAAUAUGAGAUUUGUAGUUUUCAAUUAAGAAUAAGUCAAUGUAAACCAUC